GCUGCAUAUUCGGGAUCAGGGGAUCACGGCUCUCCAGUACAUUCGUAACUAGCAUUUCUCAGGCGUUUGAUGAUACGGUAGUUCAACUUUCAGAAGACCAUGUUGGUAACCAUGCAUAUAAUAUCGAACCUUUCCAUUCUUCACACUGCGCCUGAGUACCCCUCUUCCACAAUGCGAGAGCAUCUUGCAUCCCAAUCGAACUCAGCCCCUCAUAAAGUCUACACCGCUACCCAUCCUAGCCCUCCUUCCAGUAUCCACCUCCGCACCUCUCCGGUCCAGCUAGCCCGCCCAAUCGCGCCAGAAGUUAGCAUGUCCCUCAAAACCCUCCACUGCGCCUUGCGAAAAAAAACCGUAGAGCCUAAGAUCCACCCUUGCUGCGCUCUCUACAUAUACUAAGGCACGAAUAGUCUACCCAUUCUACUCGUAUCUUCACACAAUGCCUCUGUUGGAUCAAGGAUAGGCGGGUUAUCCAUGCUAAGCGUUGUGGCUUAGUGCGCUAGAAACGUGCGGGCUACAUACAGCAUUUAACCGCAUCG